GGGCGUUUGAGGAGGCAAGGAGCAGAGAAAAGCUAAUGGGUAUGCUGAAAACAUGAUAAGCAGAGGUUGGAUUCCCAGAGAGAAUCAAACAGAUUAAUGGGUAACAAGAUUGCACGCACAACACAGGUUUCGGCAUCAGAGUACUACCUUCAUGACCUUCCAUCAUCGUAUAACGUUGUUCUCAAGGAGGUUCUGGGUCGAGGUAGAUUCCUUAAAUCAAUUCAGUGCAAGCACGACGAGGGGCUUGUCCUCGUCAAGGUCUACUUCAAGCGUGGAGACUCCAUUGAUCUCAAAGAAUAUGAGCGUCGCUUGUUUCAAAUCAAAGAGACCUUUCGUUCUAUUCAGAACUCUCAUGUAUGGCCGUUCCAGUAUUGGCUUGAAACCGAUAAAGCGGCUUAUUUAUUGAGGCAAUAUUUCUUCAAUAACAUUCAUGAUCGGUUGAGUACUCGACCCUUUCUUAGUUUGAUUGAGAAGAAGUGGUUGGCUUUCCAGUUAUUAUAUGCUGUGAAGCAAAGCCACGAGAAUGGUGUUUGUCAUGGUGAUAUUAAGUGUGAGAAUGUUCUGGUCACUUCUUGGAAUUGGCUUUACCUUGCUGACUUUGCUUCGUUUAAGCCCACUUACAUACCUGAUGAUGACCCCUCUGAUUUCUCUUUCUUCUUUGAUACUGGAGGGAGAAGGCGUUGUUAUCUUGCUCCAGAGAGAUUUUAUGAGCAUGGAGGUGAGACACAAGCUGCACCAGAUGCACCUUUAAGACCAUCUAUGGACAUCUUCUCUGUAGGGUGUGUGAUUGCGGAGCUUUUUCUUGAGGGACAGCCAUUGUUUGAAUUAUCUCAGCUACUUGCUUAUAGGAGAGGACAAUAUGAUCCUAACCAGCUUCUUGAAAAGAUCCAGGAUUCUGGCAUCCGCAAGAUGAUUCUUCAUAUGAUUCAGUUGGAACCAGAGUCCCGGCUUUCUGCUGAUAGCUACUUGCAGAAUUAUGCUGCUGUUGUGUUCCCAAACUACUUCUCACCAUUUCUCCAUAAUUUCUUUUCCUGCUUGAUUCCCCUUGAUUCUGAUACCAGGAUUGCAGUGACACAGAGUGCCUUCCAUGAGAUACAUAGGCAAAUGAUGAAGAACAAGGAAAGUGAGGAGAUUGGUUCUGUAUCAUGUAAGUCUUCAAAUACCACAACUGAUGGGACUCCCCGGAAGAUAGGCAAUGCAAGACAGUGCUUGAAUUCAUCAGAGGAGCUCUUGAAGAAGAAAGAGCCGGAUAAAGGACUGUUGAAUGAUCAGCUUCAGCUUCUUGGUGAUAUCAAUGCACUCCUUAGGGAUGUAGAACAGAGUAAUCACUGCUUUAAUUCUGAGCUGACUUCUGAAAAUUCCCCUACUGUUUCUUCGGGAAACUCUGAUGCAAUAAAUUCUGUAACUCCUCAAAAACCAACGAACGGCCAGAAGGAAUCUCCAGGGGAGCUCUUGCAAACUUCUUGUAAUGGGUUUAAGGGCAGGGAUCACCCCCUUUUCAGAAAGAUUAUAAAGAGUGACUUGACUGCAUUGAUGUCUGAAUAUGACAACCGAUUGGAUACUUUUGGGAUGCCUUCCUUUACAACAACCCAACAUAAUAUGAGCUGUGAAGGAAUGGUGUUGAUUGCUGCACUGCUAUGUUCCUGCAUACGUAGUGUCAGGUUGCCACAGUUGAGAAGGGGGGCUGUACUACUUCUGAAGUCUUCUUCCUUAUAUAUUGAUGAUGAAGACCGCUUGCAGCGUGUCGUUCCAUAUGUUAUUGCGAUGCUUUCUGAUACAGCUGCAAUUGUGCGUUGUGCCGCUCUGGAAACUUUGUGUUGCAUUCUGCCAUUAGUCCAAGAAUUCCCUCCUAGUGAUGCAAAGAUUUUUCCUGAAUACAUUCUUCCAAUGCUAUCUAUGCUUCCAGAUGAUCCAGAAGAAAGUGUACGGAUUUGUUAUGCCAGCAAUAUCUCCAAGAUCGCACUAACUGCUUAUCGUUUUCUAAUUCAAUCAUUAAGCUUGAGUGAGGCAGGAGUUCUUGAUAAACUCAGCACAACCCCAAAAUCAUCAGUUCCAUCAUCUGGACAGCUGCAGACUGAGAGAACUAAUGCACAGCUUUCUCAGUUGAGGGUGUCAAUAGCCGAGGUGAUUCAAGAACUUGUUAUGGGCCCAAAGCAAACUCCAAAUAUCAGGAGAGCACUCCUAUAUGACAUUGGUAACCUUUGUUGCUUUUUUGGUCAGCGGCAGAGUAAUGACUUUGUGUUACCAAUCCUCCCAGCUUUUCUAAAUGAUCGAGAUGAACAGCUGAGGGCAGUUUUCUACGGCCAAAUUGUGUUUGUCUGCUUCUUUGUGGGUCAAAGAAGUGUUGAGGAGUAUCUCUUACCUUAUAUUGAGCAAGCCUUAAGUGAUGCAGUGCAGGCUGUUAUUGUUAAUGCAUUGGAAUGCUUAGCCAUGCUGUGCAAUAAUGGUUUCUUGAGGAAGAGGAUAUUGCUUGAAAUGAUUGAACGUGCUUUGCCAUUACUAUGCUAUCCAAGUCAGUGGGUAAGGAGAUCGGUUGUCACUUUCAUUGCAGCUAGCAGUGAGUGUUUGGGUGCAGUGGACUCCUAUGUUUACCUAGCUCCAAUUAUACGCCCUUUCCUCCAAAGACAGCCCGCAUCUCUAGCUUCAGAAAAGCCUCUUCUUUCAUGUCUCAAGCCUCCUGUUUCAAGACAGGUAUUUUACCAAGUCUUAGAAAAUGCCAGGAGUUCGGACAUGCUAGAGAGACAGAGAAAAAUAUGGUACAAUUCAUCUGCACAGUCAAACCAAUGGGAAACAGUAGAGAACAAGAGGGGAGUGGGACAGUUAAAUCCCAUUAAGAGCUGGUCAGGCAAGCCACCCGAUUUGCAGGGUCAUAAACCUGCCAGCAGUGCCAUGCAGCAAGUUGGGAUAUUUGAUGGUGAUGAUGGUGAUGCUAAAUUAAGGGCAAUGGGAAGCUUCAUGCCAAACGCUUCAAGCACAAUGGAUAUUCGUGAUCCUCGUUCCUCCGAAAAGAUGCAGUUUUCUGGCUUCAUUUCUCCACAUGUUAGUGGUGGAAGCAGUUCAGUUGGUGAUGGAUCAUCUGAAGGAAUACCUUUGUACUCAUACAACAUGGACAAACGAGCAACUGGAGUUGCACCUGCUGGAUCUGAUUCUGCAUCACAGUGGAACAGCUUUGGGAUUGGUUCAUCAUCAAUGCCUUGGGUAGACUCACUUAAUAAAUCCUUUAGCUUGGCUAAUUCAUCCGUGGCACCUAAGCUUGUUUCAGGCUCCCUUAGCAUUAGUAAUGGCUCUAAGCAGUUCUACAAAGCGUUACGGGAAGCAGAAGGCAGAGAAAAUGAUCAAACUGUCUACAUCACCAACAAGUUUCAAGACAUAGGAGUAUCUGGUUUGUUAAAAGGAAGUUCUAUUAAUGUGGAGGAUGUCCCUUCACCAUCUGAUGCAACAGGAUUGACAUCUUUUGCCCGAGCAUCAUCACUUCCAGACUCUGGAUGGAGGCCUCGUGGGGUAUUGGUAGCACAUCUCCAGGAACACCGUUCUGCGGUCAAUGACAUUACCAUCUCAUCUGAUCACAGCUUUUUUGUAAGUGCAUCUGAUGAUUCUACUGUGAAAGUAUGGGAUACAAGGAAGCUGGAAAAGGACACCUCUUUCAGGUCAAGGCUGACCUACUCUUUAGAUGGAAGCCGGGCACUAUGUGCUACAAUGCUACGUGGGUCUGCACAAGUUGUUGUUGGAGCAUGUGAUGGAAUGAUACAUAUGUUCUCCGUUGAUCAUAUUUCCAGAGGGUUAGGAAGUGUUGUUGAGAAGUAUUCAGGUAUCGCCGACAUAAAAAAGAGGGAGGUUGGGGAAGGAGCCAUUCUCAGCUUGUUGAACUAUACAAUGGAUGGCUGUCCCAGUCAGACAAUUAUGUACAGCACCCAGAGCUGUGGGAUCCAUCUCUGGGAUACAAGAACAAAUUCAAUGUCAUGGACAUUGAAAUCAGUUCCUGAGGAGGGCUAUGUGUCUUCUCUGGUGACAGGUCCUUGUGGAAACUGGUUUGUAUCAGGGUCUUCGAGGGGUGUGCUUACUCUUUGGGAUCAGAGGUUCCUUUUACCUGUUAACACAUGGCAAUAUUCUCUAGUAUGCCCCAUAGAGAAAAUGAGUCUGCUUGUACCGCCUCCAAAUGCUCCCAGGUCUACUGCAGGAAGACCCCUGGUAUAUGUAGCUGCAGGUUCUAAUGAAGUUGCCCUCUGGAAUGCAGAGAAUGGGAGCUGCCACCAGGUACUGCGAUUGUCAAACAGUGAAUCUGAUGCUGAAAGCUCUGGCCUCCCUUGGGCCUUAGCCAGGCCUCCCAAAAAGUCCAGUUCUAAACAAGAUAUGAAACGAAAUGUCAAUCCUAAGUACCGAGUUGAUGAGUUGAAUGAACCCCCAGCUCGUCUUCCUGGUAUCCGUUCAAUGCUCCCCUUACCUGGAGGAGAUCUAUUGACUGGGGGAACUGACUUGAAAAUUCGUCGGUGGGACCACUGCAGUCCUGAUCGUAGUUAUUGUGUUUGUGGGCCAUCACUGAAGGGAGUAGGAAAUGAUGAGUUUUAUGAAACCAGAUCUAGUUUUGGGGUGCAAAUUGUGCAGGAGACGAGCAGGAGACCUCCAGCAACUAAGUUGACAACAAAAGCUCUCCUUGCUGCUGCCGCCACGGAUUCUGCAGGUUGCCACCGUGACUCUGUACUUUCGCUGGCUUCUGUCAAGUUGAACCAAAGGCUCUUGAUAUCAGGUAGUAGGGAUGGUGCGAUCAAGGUCUGGAAGUGAAAAGGUCCAAGUACGAAUAAAUACAGUAGAUCACUGUAGUAUGUAGAUAAAAUUGUUAGUUACAAAUAUGUAUAGUAGGGUCUGAAGGAAAUAGAAAGUUCUCACAUAAGUGAUGUCAAUAUCAUAUUUGUGAUUGUAAAAUUCCUGAAUUAUCCCUUCUCUAGGUUGUAUAGAAUGUUUUGGUGGAAGGGCAGAAAUCAGGAAUUUGAAAGCGAACAUUUGUUUCUAAUAAAAUAUUGUUUUA